AGUUGCAAUAUGAGUGUUAUGGAUACUAUCCUUCUAUCGGAAUUUACGCAAGGAAUACCAAUGGGAACUUUUCUUGGUCAUCUAGUGCCUGGGCUAGCCCUUGCUUCUCUUGGUCUGUGGCACAUUACAAACAUCCUGAGGGUUUACUUUCUGAAAGGCUCUGGCCAGUUCAUGUUAAGGCUUUGGUACCCAUUGAGAUGUCCACUUCGGAUGCUAGAGCACCUCGAGCUCAUACUUAUCCUGCUUUUUUCGUUAUUUGCAAUUCUGAUCCAGAUAGUAGACAUUCAACACCCUCACUUCUUCUUCGAGCUUGACAACGUUGAACAUGCUACCAUGUUCUUCCAGCUAGUUAUAUUCACAAGUUUCACACUUUUUGCUGAGUUGAGUCAUUUAUCAGAAACUAUGUUAGGGGUCUCCUGCGUCCUAGUCGCCUCGAUUUUUGGGCAGGAGCUUUUCUUACUUCAUUACCAUUCCACCGAUCACGUAGGGCUUGAAGGCCAUUACCAUUGGCUGAUGCAGCUCAUAGUUUGUGUUUCGUUUCUGGCAGCUUUGUAUGCAACUGCUUCCCCGUCCAGCUUUCCUGCAGCGCUAAUUCUUUCGACAUCAGUCGUCUUCCAAGGAUGUUGGUUCAUAAACAUGGGGUUCAUGCUAUGGGUUCCUGAUUUUGUGGCGCGAGGAUGUACAACACAGACGAUGAUUCAGAGCAACGGCAUGAUGCAUGGAGCAGUUGUGUGUGAGACGAAGGAGGCUGAAUCCAGGGCGAGAGCGUUGGCAAACCUGCAAUUCUGCUGGAUUCUCUCUUUGAUCUUGGUAUUUAUAGCAUGUAGCUGCGUAGCUUUUGGCAGAAAGGUAACGCAGAGGAGGCAGUCGCUUGAUUAUGAGGCGCUUUCGAGUCCAGGCGCACAUGACCCUCAUGCAACUGUUGGAUUGAAACAGAUCCAACUCUGAGUUUUAUGUUUAGCUAAAACAAGUCAUCAAUCCAUUAUGAUGGUGGUAUUUUUAUUUUUAUAUGCUAGUGCAACAUCUAGCAACGAUACAAGUUUUCAUUUUAUAUUUGUGUUGUAGUAGAUGAUGUAUCACUAAAUUAAAUGUAUUAGGUGAUCAUUUUCGCUGAUUUGGCUAUGAUAUGAAGAUAAAUGGAGUAUGUAUACAUACAUAUACAUAUGAAUUUAUGCUCAAA